AUGUCUUCCGACAACACCUCAACGCUCAAGUCGUAUGUCGACUCGGCCACCGGAGCCGUGCAGAAUGCUCUGGGCAACCUGACUGGCAGCACCGGCGACCAGGCCCACGGCCAGGCCAAGCAGAACAAGGCCGAGGCCGAGCACGACGCCUCUCAUGCCACCCUCAAGGGCCCCGGCUUCACUGCCUCGGCCUCUGGCGUGACCAAGGACGACCCCGACCGAGCCGCCGGCAGCUGGAACCAGACAGUCGGCUCCGCAAAAGAGGCUUUAGGAGGAGCUAUUGGUUCUGAGGGCCUCAAGCAAACCGGCCGCCAGCAGAACCUCGAGGGCCAGCAGCAGGAGGCCAAGGGCCAGGUCAGCGACUACACCAAGGGCGUUGGUGACCGCAUCACCGGUACCGCCGGCGCUGCUGUUGCGGGCCUGACUGGCAACAAAUCUGCCCAGCAGUCGUACCAGGACCAGCACGACGCCGGCAAGACCAGCCAGCGCGGAGCUGAGCACGACAUCCUCAAGCAGGCUGAGGCUGAGAAGAAGAUCUAG